GGGAUGCACGAUGUGACUCGAAGCACCGUCACGCACUUCUGCCCAAUUCUGCCUGUCACGCGCCUCAUGCUUGUUCGGAUUCCAAAGCCAGACGGGUGCACCGGUAUGUAAUGUUUCAUUCCGCAGGAUCUCGAGUUCUCUUUCCGCUCCAACCCACCCCUUCUCCAGCUGGUAGUUCGGCUUCUUGUCCGACCAUUAUUAUUGAUUUUCUGACUAUAUGAAUGCCCUCGGGCCUUCUUUCUAUCCAUAUUUCCACGCUUCGUGAAUCGUGACCAUGAAGCAUUGGCUCGCGCUUGAGAUCUUUGCUUCCUAUAUAUCUUCUGUGAAGGGCUAUAGUCUUGUGCACGAAUAUUCGGGGCAGAGCUUCUUCGAUCGCUGGGACUUCUAUGGCAGUUAUGACAACUUGACUCAAGGUAACGCCAUAUGGGUCAAUGAAUCCUAUGCAUCCAGUCAGGGGCUGGCGUAUGUAGACAGUCAAGGCCAUGCCAUAAUUAAAGUGGACAACAUAACAGACGUGCCUAUGGGCCAGAACCGCAGCUCAGUUCGCAUAACCACUCAAGAUACUUAUGAUCUCGGAAGCCUGUGGAUAAUUGACCUCAAUCACCUACCAUAUGGAUGCUCGGUUUGGCCCGCGUUCUGGAGUUUUGGGCCUGACUGGCCGGAGAAUGGGGAGAUAGAUAUCAUUGAAGGCAUUAACUUAAUGUCCGACAACCAGAUGGCUAUCCACACCACGCCAGGAUGCACUCAUAAUGGAUCAGAAUAUCAACUUGGUGCAAGCGGUUCAACGGCCAACUGUUCUGAACCCUCUGGAUGCACAGUGAUGGAACCUUCUCCGAAUAGUUAUGGAAGUGGUUUUGCAGAAGCUGGCGGGGGAGUUUGGGCGACACAAUUCGAUGUGUCAGGUAUCUUUAUCUGGUUCUGGAAUCGCUCCGAUGUGCCCGCUUCCAUUAGUCAAGCUAAUUCGACUUCGAUGGAUAUCACUCAGUGGGGAAUUCCGCAUGCCAGUUAUUUUUCUAGCACUUGCAACAUUCGCCAAUAUUUUAGUGCGCAGAACCUAGUUUUAGACAUCACUCUUUGUGGUGACUGGGCAGGAGUUGGAGACACUUAUAAUGCGACAUGUGGCGACUCAGGUCCAACAGGCUUAUGUUACCAGGACUGCGUGGUCGGACCUGGAAGCCCACAAUAUGACAACGCAUAUUUCAACGUAUCCUAUAUUCGUGCAUAUACCUCUGCUCUACCGUCUGCCACUCCAACGACAUCCAGCACUUCUACCACGGCAACCACGAGUUCCACCACAACGACAGCUCUGCACACACCUUCGCUAGGCUACGGUGGUUCCAUCGGGCAAUUCGCUGAGAGCUCCGAUAACAAUGGGUGGGGUGCAAUAGUGAUGCUCCUCAUUGCAGCCCCAAUUGCCAUGAUUGGUUCAUGGCCACUCAUGUUCAGGAAGCGGCGUCAGGCCAUGCAGUCACAGCCGCCUGCGUAG